CCAAAUUCCCCGACUUUGAAUCCCGUUUGUCGAUUCAAUCCAUCUCCCUCUCCCUCUCCGCAGAAAUUCAAUUCUUUCUUUUGGAUUCCCACUCGAAUUUCAAGCCCUUAAUCUUCUUCUAAAUCCACCGCCGGCCAUGGAGGACAAUCACCACCUACCUCUCGAUUCCACUGCUGGUACUGAAGAUCACCACACCACCGCCAUUUCUCACCCCACCAACGGCCAUGUCGACCACGGAUGGCAGAAGGUUACCUACGCCAAGCGCCAGAGGAAGACAUCCAAACCCUUGCCCUCGCAGGCCGAUGCAGGGGUUAACAAGAUCGUCGCUAAUGGUGCGGUCUCCGGCGGGGACAAUGUUUUCCGCUCCUUGGAGCAGAAAUCCGAGGAGCGCCGCCGCAGAAUUGAGGAGCAGAAGGCGGCGGCGGCGGCAGCUUAUGACGCCGAUGAAGCUGUGCCGGUUAGAUCCAAGAUCAGGUCCGACGAUGAGGAUGGCGAGGAUAGUGAUGGAGAUGUUGCGGAGAAUGGGAAGCAUAACGAGGAGGCCAAGAAGGUGAAGCAGAAGAAGCCGAAGAAGCCUAAGAUUUCGGUGGCCGAGGCGGCCGCGAAGAUUGACGUCAACGAUCUGUUGGCAUUUUUGGACGAUGUAUCGGACUCGUACGAGACUCAGCAGGAUAUACAGCUGAUGAGAUUUGCAGAUUAUUUUGGACGAGCAUUCUCGGGCGUGAUUGCUUCUCAAUUUCCUUGGGUGAGAAUGUUUAGGGAAUCUCCCGUCGCGAAGAUUGUUGAUAUCCCUCUUUCUCAUAUUUCCGAGGAUGUUUACAAGACAUCAGUUGACUGGCUGAAUAAACGUUCUCUUGAAGCACUAAGCUCUUUUGUUUUAUGGUCAUUAGAUAGCAUUCUUGUUGACUUAGCAAGCCAAAAUGCUAGUGCCAAAGGCUCUAAAAAAGGUGUCCAACAUGCAUCUUCAAAAUCUCAGGUUGCCAUAUUUGUAGUCCUUGCAAUGGUAUUACGAAGAAAACCUGAUGUCUUAAUUCACGUAUUGCCAACGAUAAGGGAAAACUCAAAGUAUCAGGGACAAGAUAAGCUUCCAGUAAUUGUAUGGAUGAUUGUUCAGGCCUGUCAAGGAGAUCUCGCAAUAGGGCUUUUUGCAUGGGCACAUAAUCUCUUGCCCAUAGUUAGUGGUAGAAGUUGUAAUCCUCAGUCUAGAGAUCUAAUUUUGCAGCUAGUGGAGAGAAUUUUGUCUUCUCCAAAAGCUCGUAUUAUUUUAGUAAAUGGUGCAGUCAGAAAGGGGGAGCGUUUGAUCCCACCCUCUUCACUUGAAACACUUCUACGGGUUACUUUCCCUGCAUCUUCAGCUAGAGUGAAGGCUACUGAAAGGUUUGAAGCUAUCUAUCCAACAUUGAAGGAGGUUGCGCUUGCUGGCUCUCCUGGCAGUAAAGCAAUGAAACAAGUUUCACAGCAGAUAUUCAGUUUUGUUGCCAAAGCAGCGGGAGAGAGAGUUCCAGAGCUAUCCGGAGAAGCAACAAAUAUUUUCGUUUGGUGUUUGACUCAAAAUGUUGAUUGCUACAAGCAGUGGGACAAGAUUUACCAGGAUAACCUGGAAUCUAGUGUCUCUGUUUUGAAACAACUCUCCGACGACUGGAAAACGCAGUCUUUAAAACUAGCUCCUUAUGAUGCUCUAAGGGAAACUCUAAAAAGUUUCAGAAUCAAGAACGAGAAGGCAUUGAAUAGUGAAGAAGAAGAGGCCGCUCGCCAAUCUAAAUAUAAGGAGGCAGAUAAGUAUGUCAAGGCAAUACUGAGCAGGGUUUCGCGAGGCCAUGGAUGUCUGAAAAGCAUGGCCCUUCUAGUCAUUGCUCUAGGUGUUGGCGCUGCAGUCAUGUCCCCAAACAUGGAGUCCCUGGAUUGGGAGAAACUCACCUCUUUCAUUCCACAACACUCUUUCUGAGUGAGCUUCCCUUCAUUGUCGGCCAACAUUUCGAAUCUCGACCCCGUCCCCCCCCUCCCAGGCAGCAGUCGACAAUGUUGUCAAGCCAACCCAACCCUGGUUCCGAAACCGAAACCAGCAACUAGUCAGUGAGUCCUUUUACAUCCAUCCUUUUUUUGUGUUCCUUGUGGGAUACAGUGGUAGUGGUAGUGGUAAGUUUCUAAGUUAAUACUGCUGCUCAAAAAGGCUCAAUAGCCAUUUUUAGCACCUUUUGAUUUCGUUUUCGACUAUUUUUUUUCCUUUUUUUUUUGGUUAGAUUUGUUUAUGUUAUUUGGCAGCCCUAACCUCCACAGUCUCGGCAAUAGAUCUGAAAAAGGGAGAUGGAUACACAUGUAGUUUCUUUGUUCAAUCGAAUUUUGUAACUUAUGUUUUUUUUUUUUUUUUGAAGUCUUUUGUUUUGUGUUUAAUAAGGUGAUGCCAUUAACUAGAUUACAAGUUCUUUUUAAUUA